AUGCUAGACGACCCCAAACUCGUCGUCUCCGAGGCUAUAAUGACAUCGCCCCCUGCACCCCAAAAACCACGUAUUCUCGAGCUCGGCUGUGGCUCCGGCAUCCCCACGACACGCAUGCUCCUCGACCGCGGAGCUCACGUGGUAGCCAACGACAUCGCGGCCAAACAGCUCGAGAUGGCCCGCGUCCACUGCCCCGAGGCCUCGUUCAUUGAGGAGGACAUGGCCUUGCUCGACUUCCGACCGGGCGGGUUCGACGGCGUGGUGUGUUUCUUCACUAUCUUUCACUUGCCGCGUGCGGAGCAGAAGGAGAUGUUUUUCAAGAUUCAUGCGUGGCUGAAGCCGGGCGGGUUUCGGGGCGCGGGGUUUGAGGUGCUGGAGUCGGAGACGCUGGCGGCGGGGAAUGGGGAGCUGGGGGAGAGCGAUCCGGAUUAUGGGGUCAAGUUUCGGUGGGUUGCUGCGAGGAAGUGGCGGGAGUAG